AAAUUCGAUGGACGCGAGGGUCAAGCGAAAACGCAUCGUCGGCUCCAAGUAUAGCCGACAUGCUUGUCGAACGUGUCGGUAUGGUUUAACCAACGAGGCGAACUUGACNAAUUCAUUUCUCACUCUAAGCAGAAUCCGGAAAAUCAAGUGUGACGAAGGCAAAGAUUCUUGCAACAAUUGUAUAUCCACUGGGCGAAUCUGUGAUGGUUACAGCGUCAUCGUGCCGGACGGGCGCAACGUUGCUCCACGACCACUUCUUCCAGCCUCGAAAGCCUUGACCUUUCCUAGUAUCUGUGCACGGCCUUCUGCAUACUCUUUCACAUUACACGACGCUCAAGGACACGCCCUGGACUUCUUUCGUCGCAUCACCAUACACCAGCUUCCUUGCGCGUCUGCGUUUGAGACACCAUGGGAGUCUGUCGCACUCGACCUCAUGCAUGGUCAGCCAUCACUCGCAGCGGCAGCGUGUGCCUGUGCUGCCCUGCAUCGCGCUACUACUGACAGUCCAGACGGUGACCGUACUCAGUAUCAGUUUGCGCUUCAGCAAUACAACAACUCCUCGCUCCUGAUGCGGAAGUACAUUGACGAUCUGGACGAUAACACUUCAGAAAGCGCUACCCUUGUUGUCCUUGCAGUCUGCCUGCUNUUUUUCACCUACGAGACUUUCCUUGGUGAUGAUGCUAAGGCUGCCAUACACCUGCACACUGGUCUACGAAUUAUCCAUGAGCGAUUGCGCCCUCGAGAGAACGGUCAGCAGUGCAAUGGCAAAAACGUCAUUAUGGUUGACCAUACCUCGACGAGCCUUUUCAGUGUCUUCGUUCGCGCGUUUGUACGGCUAGACUCGGAUUAUAUGCUGAUUGGAUUCGACGAACCUCAUACUGCAGCUUGUUCGGCAUUCUCCAAUCCCGAUGAAGCCAGCCUUCAUCUCGAAACUAUCACUGCAAAGAUCUUCGAUGUUUACGACCUCAUAGCUCAGAGAGCCUUCCAGCGUUUGGAAGAUAGCGAGUUCGAAGACAUAGAGACUCUAGAUGAGGAUCAGCAGAUCUGCCUCAUGCGAGCAGCUAUACGCUUUUCGAAGUUGAGUCAAAGUCUCGAGGAAGCUGUGGUAGAUUGUAAACAAUCUUUACAUGCUUGGACCAAGGCUUUCAGGAUGGUGCCCCAAACAUCCGCAAAUCUGCGGUCGCACAUAUCCACCCAACUGUUCUUCUUCUGCGUCCAUAUAUGGAUCGAGACGUGGCACGACGUCAAUGCCUGCCUUGUGGAUCGCUUUGCGCCUCAAUUUGCGUACUUCACUGAUCUCUGCGAGCAGUACCUUGACUUACAUACCGCAAGAACGCCACAUCACAACACUUUCGUAGGCUGCAAUGGAACAGGCGAAUAUCGAUUCUAUACGCCUCCAGCUUUCUCGCUCGGCUCCGGAGUUGUGACCUGUCUUGCAACUAUCGUCGAGAAAUGUCGUACUUCCUCAAUCCGUCGACGCUGCAUCGGACUUUUGCGGAAAAUAAACUUGAGAGGUGUUUUCGACACCAACUACCUUGCCACCUACCUACAAGCUAUCAUCGAUCAUGAAGAGCAGGCCGCUCAACUCCAGCACCCGGAUCUUGACUUCAGCAACGGCUUGAAAGCGAACGAAGUGAAUGAAGAUGCUAGACUCUUGGAAGUCAUCAUGUCACCGGCGCGCCAUCGAUCCCGGUUCGAAUUCUACAAAUCAAACCGCGUCAAUGCAGUCUUCGUGACAAACGGGCGUGAGAUGCAACUCGGACGCCUUACGGCCUGCGUCUCGCGGGAAACACCCUCAUCA